CAGGCAUUCUCUUCCCUACCAAUCCUAUCUCUUCUCAUAUGAACCAAACCAAACCAUUAAUUGAAUAUUGUUGAUCUGGCAAAUUCAUUCUGCUUCUUCUUUGUCUGUCCUCCAAUAUUAUUUGAUACCUAACAUGCACUGUAUAUAUAACUGUGUUAGACGCCAAAAAAUUGGAUACAAAUUAAACCACAUCAAACCCCUUCACUAUAUCAUAGCAUAAAAGAGAGGAAAAAGUGGUCUUUUUUAAUUCAGAAGUACUACAUAUAUACUACAUUGUAAGAUACAACAGAGAGAGAUGGCAACAAAUGGGCUUGGACUGGAAAUCACUGAGCUCAGAUUAGGACUUCCCGGCGGCGACCGGAGUAGUGGUGCCGGAAAUGAGAAGAAAAGGGUUUUUUCUCAGAUUGAAGGAGUUGAUGAUGGUGUGAAUCAGGAUCAGAAAAAUGUUAAUGUUGAGAAGAAAUCUGGUGCAAAGGCAAUGAGUCGUCGUCAUCAUCAUCAGCAGCAGCAGCAGCAAGUGGUUGGAUGGCCUCCGGUGUGUUCGUUUCGGAGGAAGAAUAGCUUCAAGAAGGCUAAUGCUGAUGAAGAUCAGUACUCAUUGAAAAUGUACGUGAAAGUUAGCAUGGAUGGAGCCCCUUUCCUCCGGAAGAUCAAUCUGAGUGAUCAGAAAGAUUAUUCUGAUCUUCAGUUGACUCUCGAAAAGCUAUUUGGCUCCUGCUUUAAACUUGUUGAGGACUACAGUUCGGAAUACGUUCCAAUAUACGAGGACAAAGAAGGAGAUUGGAUGCUUGUGGGAGAUGUGCCUUGGACGAUGUUCAUUGAAUCUUGUAAGAAGCUGAGGAUCAUGAAGAAGACUGAAGCAAUUGGAAUUGGACUGAGAAAUGCAAAGGAAACCUCGCACGAUGGAUGAUCUCGCUCCAACUUGAUUAAUGUUAAUCCAAAGUGUAUUAAUAUAGGCUGAGUUUAUUACAUAAUUUAAUUUUUUUUUUUUUUUGGCUUUGGUUUUGAUUUUGUGUUUCCUCUCUUGUGUACGUUUAAUGACUUAGUUAAUCCCGUAUACUUCUAGAUUUCUCUUCAAGAACACUCGACAGGAAGUAAAUUUAUACCCCCAUACGUAUUGUCUUGAAUUCAGGCUAUGCAAAUUUAUUCAAAUAUGAAACUCAGCUGUAUUCUUAUGUACACCUUCUUAGAAGAGUUUUACCUCUGGAAUGGGAUAUAUCCGAUUCGUAUUUUAAAUCAGUCGAAACAAUGAUUUUGG